UGCGGCGAACUAGUGAAACGAAUUGUCGUUUGGUCCAGAUUUUGUUCGAAAUCAGGUCACAGAUGGUCAUUUUUCGAUUUCGAAUGUAGUAUGUUGAGCCCAGAAUUCACCAGAGUAAAUUAUGUGACUAAGCCAGAGAAACCUGUUGAUCGAGAGAGUAUGCAGUGAAUGUGAAACAUGAGUUCUGAUGCAGAUCAGGUGGAAGGAGGAUUUCCCCCCAACAUUGAACACACCAGUUCAGUGAAGUAUCAGAUAUCAGACUCAUCAGGGUUCAGCUGUGUGUCCAUGAAAAGUGAAAACUCUCUUGGUCAAUUUGUAAACUUUAAAGAUGGUCACAGCCCAAUCCAGGACCAGAUGUCAGACUCACCAGAGCCCAGCAGUGUGUCCAUGAAGAGUAAAAACUCUAUUGGCCAAUUUGUGAACUUUAAAGAUGGACACAGACCAGUCCAGCAUCCGACAUCACACUCACCAGAAAUCGGUGGGUUCAAACCGAGAGAUCAGUGUAUGGAUCAGUUCAGAGAUAUAAAUGAUGAUCACAGACCACACCAAACAGAGGCUGAAGGUGAAGAUUUGAAAACCCAACAGAAACCAAACAUGACUGAGGUCUACAAAUCAAAUCUGAGGAAGAAGUUUGAGUGCUUGUAUGAGGGAACAUCACAUAAGAGAAACCCAACACAGCUGAAUGAGAUCUACACAGAGCUCUACAUUACAGAGAGUGAAAGUGGAGAGAUCAGUAAUAAACAUGAGAUGAGACAGAUUGAGAUACAAUCCAGGAGAACAGCAACAGAGGACACACCAAUCAAAUGCAAUGACAUCUUUAAAGCUUUACCUGCACAAGACAAACCCAUCAGAAGUGUUCUGACAAAGGGAGUCGCUGGCAUUGGAAAAACAGUCUCUGUGCAGAAGUUCAUUCUGGACUGGGCUGAAGGGAAAGAGAAUCAGGACGUCCACCUCAUAUUUCCACUUCCUUUCAGAGAGAUCAAUUUGAUUAAGAACAAAACACUCAGUCUUUUAGAUAUUCUUCAUCUUUUCUUCCCAGAGACACAAGAAAUGGAAAUCUCCAGCGGUGAAUAUAAAGUGUUGUUCAUCUUUGAUGGUUUGGAUGAGUGUCGCGUGUCUCUGGAUUUCUGCAGCAGUGUGAGGUUGUGUGAUGUAAGUGAAUCAGCCUCAGUGGACGUGAUGCUGACAAACCUCAUGGCGGGGAAUCUGCUUCCCUCUGCUCUCAUCUGGAUCACCUCCAGACCAGCAGCAGCUGAUCUCAUCCCCUCUGAGUGUGUUGAUCGGGUCACAGAGGUACGAGGCUUCACUGACAAACAGAAGGAGGAAUACUUCAGCAAGAGAAUCAGUGAUGAGAGUCUGAACAACAGAAUCAUCUCACACCUGAAGUCAUCCAGGAGCCUCUACAUCAUGUGUCACAUCCCAGUGUUCUGCUGGAUUUCAGCCACUGUUCUAGAGAGAAUGUUGAGUGAAGCAGAGAGUGAAGGAGAGAUCCCCAAGACUCUCACUCAAAUGUACACACACUUCCUGAUCAUUCAGACAAACAUCAAACAUCAGAAGGACUAUGAGAAGAAAGUGAAGAGUGAUGAAGACAUGAUCUUCAAACUGGGCAAACUGGCUUUUGAGCAGCUUGUGAAAGGCAAUGUGAUCUUCUAUGAUGAAGACCUGAGAGAGUGUGGCAUUGAUGUAGCAGAAGCGUCAGUGUACUCAGGAUUGUGCACUCAGAUCUUCAGAGAAGAGUUUGGCUUGUAUCAGGGGAAAGUUUAUAGCUUUCUUCAUCUGAGCAUUCAGGAACAUCUAGCAGCUCUUUACGUGCACCUUGAAUUUAUAAACAACAACAGAAAUGUGCUUGACCAGAUUAUCAAACCAACUCAAGGAGAGAAGAUUUCAAUAUCUGAUCUGUAUCACAAAGUUAAAAAUAAAGUUUCAAUGUCUGACCUGCAUCAGAAAGCUGUAGAUGAGGCUCUUCAGAGUAAAAAUGGACAUCUGGAUAUUUUUCUUCGUUUUCUUCUGGGUUUGUCACUGGAGCCUAAUCAGAAUCUUCUACGAGGUUUUAAGAUGACACAGACAAUAAUAAGCUCUCACAGCAAUGAGAAAACAGUCGAGUAUAUCAAGAAGACGAUCAGGAGCACGCAAUCUCAAGAGAAAUCCAUCAAUCUGUUUCACUGUCUGAAUGAACUGGGUGAUCGUUCACUAGUGGAGGAAAUCCAACAUCAUCUGAAAUCUGGAACAUUAAGAAAAACCAAACUCUCUUCAUCUCAGUGGUCAGCCGUAGUUUUUCUGUUGUUGACAUCAGAACAGGAGCUGAAUGAGUUUAAAUUGAAAGAAUUUGUUAGUGGAGAAAACAAAGAUGAAACACUUUUUGCUCUAAAGAAGAUGCUUCCUGUGAUUUGUGAAUCCAGAUCAGUUCAGUUGUAUUAUAGUAACAUCACAGAUGAAGGUUGUGCUGCUCUGUCUUCAUCUCUGAGAUCAAACCCCUCACACUUGACACAUCUGGAUCUGUCUGGCAAUAAAUUUGGAGAUUCAGGAGUGAAGCUGAUCUCUACUGUACUGGAGAAUCCUCACUGUAAACUGAAGAUACUGGAGAUGAGCAAUUGUAAUAUCACAGAUGAAGGUUGUGCUGCUCUGUCUUCAGCUCUGAGAUCAAACCCCUCACACCUGAGACAUCUGGAUCUGUCUCUGAAUAAUCUAGAGGAUUCCGGAUUGAAGCUGAUCUCUAUUGUACUGGAGAAUCCUCACUGUAAACUGGAGAUACUGGAGUUAAGAUGUUGUCAUUUCACAGCUGAAGGUUGUGCUGCUCUGACUUCAGCUCUGAGAUCAAACCCCUCACACCUGACAGAACUGAAUCUGAAUAAUAAUAAUGUAGGAGAUUCAGGAGUGAAGCUGAUCUCUACUCUACUGGAGAAUCCUCACUGUAAACUGGAGAUACUGAAGUUGUGUGUUUGUAAUAUCACAGAUGAAGGUUGUGCUGCUCUGACUUCAGCUCUGAGAUCAAACCCCUCACACCUGAUACAUCUAAAUCUGGCCAGUAAUAAACUAGAAGAUUCAGGAAGGAAGAUGCUGUCUGACCUAAAAUAUGAUCCACUUUAUAAACUGAAGAAGCUAUUCUGUAACAAAUGUCAGUCUGAGCCUCAGCUGAUGGGAUGGUAAGGAGCUACAGAGUCUUACAGUCCACACAAUCAACACAGACUGAAGAAGAGACAGUGGGCCUUAUUUUAACUUAGCGCAUGGUCUAAAGCGCAUGGCGCAGGUGCACUUAGAGAGUGUCAGAAUGCACUUUUGCUGUUUACCAAAGGAAAAUAUAUAUUGCUUCGAAUUGAAAACAACCACUGCCACCAUAUUGAAGGGUCAUUCCAAACGAAAGUGCUCAUAACUGGCCGCUUCCAAGGGCCCUUUGGAGUGAAGAAUUUCAAAGGCUACAACUGAUGGACACUUCACGGUCCCAUGAUUCUUUGCACACAUUCUGCCGAAAACACCUCCUUAUGGGCACAGAAUGAUGAUACAGAAGGGCACAUCAAGAAACAGGUCCCCUACACCCUUCAAAGCUCUCACUCCGGACUCGGAGUAUAAUACCUUCAAAGGGAUUAGGGGUAUAGGGAUGAGCCCUUCAGAAUGGAAUGCAGGGUCUAUGAGUCAAGGGUGUGUUUUGGCCGUAACAUGCAAUAAACCAAUCUCCCAUUCCCUUUAAAACGCAGUUGCAUUUGCGCCAUGGCGGAUUCUCUAUUUACAUGGCGGAAUAUAAAAAGAGCAAAGACUGGCAUCUUUUAUCAGUUCGACAUGCCUGCCAUCAGGUAGACUUUCCUCCUGCAAGAUAUGAUACAUAAUUAUAAGGAUAAAAAAAAUCUACAUUAUGCGAUUCCCAGUAUGCAGGAAGUAUGAGUAAUUUGUAAUAAAUAUGACAUAAGCCGCAAAAAUAAUUUUGCUCUUUGUCACUUUUUCUUCAAAGUCAAGCCCCACGGCCAAUCACCCAAGAAACAAUCCUGCCAGAUGACAUGGUCACCCUACCUGAGCCAGACAUGAUGGAUAUCAUCUAACUCUGAUAAUCCAUUUAUGUACAUGGAAUGUUUCUCUGUUGCUUGACUAUUGUUAGUUCAUGUGUUUACCUUCUGUGUUUCAUAAAGAUGCUGAGCACCACGAUUUAUUACAAUUUAUUUUAUUGCACAAAGGACUCUGCGAGUCAGCAGUGAUGAGAUCGAGUCAGCUGGCCUGUGAGUGGGUGGAGGAGAACUAACAUCACUUUGCUGGGAAUAUUUACCUACCAAUGAUCUUGAGGAUGACUGAUGAUGAUGCUUUGUUGGCCAUCAUGAUGUGGGAUCUGUUUAUGAACACCAUGCUUUAUGAUGGUGAAAUGGAUGAAUAUGGACUCCCUUCCUCUACACUUUUAAAAGACUAGAGAACCUUUAAAACUACUUAGGUUGAUCUGAUCUGUGUAAUGUGUUUUUGAAACUCAAUACACUAAAAUUAAAUUUACUGUCUUAUUAAUAUCAGUUAGUUAUCAUUUUUUCAUAGACGGAAGAUUUUUAUGUUUAGCUACACAAUAUUAUUAAGGAAAGUAGAAACAAAUGAAUCCAGCAACACUUAAUCCAUGACAGUGCAUGGAGUAGGCUAUGUGAUUUUUUAGAUAAAUGGAAAAAGGAAUAGAUUAAAAAAGAAAAGAGAAACAGUACAAUGACAGUAUUUGAAGUUUAGUUUCUGAAAUUGCUAUUUGUAGUAAGACCAUGGUUAAUUUUCACAUUUCUAUCAAGGUGUUCAGGUCAAGUGUUGGAAAAAAUGGCAAAUAUGAUCUCAGAGAUCUCAGGCUUGCAUUAACGUUAAUAGGCAGUUGGGGGGGCUUGAUUGCACUUCACCAGGUCGACAGGGGUGGGGCUAGACCAGGUAAAGCUCCGCACUUUGCCUCCAGCGAACUCUGCAGUGAGCAACACUCCUGACGAAUGAGCUUCAAUAGUUGCUCACCUGCACUGGCAGUAUCAGUAUACACCAAAGUUUUUGGGGGAAACUUUUGUACAUAUAUACGUGAUAAUGUGUACACUCUGUUAUCUUUACAUUGGAAAAAUGUAUUAUUUGGCUUUGUUAGCAUGGACAAAAGGUAAAUAGGUGGUUUUAUAUGAUUAACCUUUUAAUUCUUUUGGCCAAAUUUCAUGUACACAAAUGUAAAUUCUCCAUGCAGUUGUAAACCAAACUUUAAGGUUUUUCUCAUUGAAUUUAAGCAAUAUAUAGAAACACUCUCUUAUUCUACAAAUGUUAAAGCAAUAAAAACUCUGUCCUGUUGUAAUUAUUUUCAAAUUCCCCACUAGCAAACCUUAAUUGUUUAGCUUUUCCUUUUUAUUUAUUUACAUAGUCUUGUGUUAUUUUGAAUUCACGUCUAGUUCUUUAUUUAUUUUUGUUAACAUUUACCCCCUGGCCAUUAAUGUUAUAUUAUUUGGGUUUAUUUGUUUAUUCUUGGUUAUCUAUAUUGUAUUGAUACUUUUUCACUUCAAUAAAAAAAAGUUUCUCAUGUGUGCUGACUGAAUAUAUUAAUGCAAGCCAUACACAUGAAAUGUGAAAGUAUUUAGUUAACCAUUUGCCAUUUUAAACAGGUAGAGUCGGUUAUUUUAAUAGGAAGUAUUAAAUGUUUAGUAUGUGUAAAGGCUGGAGGAUGUAAUGUCAUGUCAUGUC